UCUGGAUACCGCCCCAAGAGGAGGGCAAGGCCAUGGUAAAAGAUUACAGCUCUACGAUCCUGAGGUCAGAGGCUUGAGUCUAAGACAUACAGCAUAUCAUGUUGAAGAUGACCGGGUGGCAGCGACAAAGCCAAAAUCAGAACCGGAACCUGAGGAGAGAGUGUUCCAGAAGGAAGUGUAUCUUCAUACACCACCACACCUGAAAGCAGGCAGUAGACCAGUUUGCCAACCUGUGAUAGAGACUGCUGUGUGGAGCUUAUUCCACCUACUCCCCGUUAUUCUGAGUAUAUACUUUUCCAGACCUGAUCCAACUGCAGAGAUGGCAGCUGAGUCAUUGCCUUUCUCCUUUGGGACACUGUCCAGCUGGGAGUUAGAAGCCUGGUAUGAGGACUUGCAAGAGGUCCUGUCCUCAGAUGAAAAUGGGGGUACCUAUGUCUCACCUCCUGGAAAUGAAGAGGAAGAAUCAAAAACCUUCACCACUCUUGACCCUGCCUCUCUGGCUUGGCUGACUGAGGAGCCUGGACCAGCAGAGGUCACAAGCACUUCCCAGAGCCCCCGCUCUCCAGAUUCCAGUCAGAGCUCCCCAGCUCAGGAGGAAGAAGAGGAAGACCAAAGAAGAACAAGGAAACGGAAACAGAGUGGCCAUUCUCCAGCCCAGGCUGGGAAGCAACGCAUGAAGGAGAAAGAACAGGAGAAUGAAAGGAAAGUGGCACAGUUAGCUGAAGAGAAUGAACGGCUCAAGCGGGAAAUCGAGCGCUUGACCAGGGAAGUAGAGGCAACUCGCCGAGCUCUGAUUGACCGAAUGGUUAAUCUGCACCAACCAUGAACAACUGGGACCGUCAGUCCCCGACUCGGGCCACACUGCUUACCUUUCCCAGAAGUGGCUACUGACCUUCUCUCUCACCAGCACCAAUGAUGUGACCCUCAACCCCACAUACUCAGGUGUAAGGCUUGGGAUAGACAAAAGGAAAGAGUCUCUGCUUGUAUAUAGAGUGUACAUUUAUUCAUUACUGUCCAUAGCCAUUAAAGUGAUUUUCUAUGAA